UAAUUCUUAUACCCUAAAACCCCAUUUCACUCUGUCUCUCACUUCCUGUAGAAAUGGCAACGCUUCAGCUCGCAAACCCAAACGAGCUGAUCUCAACCUCUUACAUCCCCUCCCCAUUUAGCCUCAAGAGACUUCCUUUGGGAGAAUGCAUUCCUCAAAGAAGUACUACUUUCCGGAAACGACCCCAUUUUGGGGUUGUGAGCUGCUCCUUUGCCCCUGUGGAAUCGGCUAGGAUUAAGGUGGUCGGGGUCGGCGGGGGUGGCAACAAUGCCGUUAAUCGCAUGAUUGGCAGCGGUUUAAACGGUGUUGAUUUCUAUGCUAUAAACACGGAUUCACAAGCACUAUUAAAGUCUGCCGCCGAGAACCCACUUCAAAUAGGAGAGCUUUUGACACGUGGACUAGGUACUGGAGGGAAUCCACUUCUGGGGGAACAAGCUGCGGAGGAAUCAAAAGAAGCCAUUGCAAGUGCUCUUAAGGGGUCAGAUCUUGUGUUUAUAACUGCUGGUAUGGGUGGAGGAACUGGGUCUGGUGCUGCUCCAGUUGUUGCCCAAAUAUCCAAAGAGGCAGGUUAUUUGACUGUUGGUGUGGUUACCUACCCUUUCGGUUUUGAAGGACGUAAGAGAUCCUUGCAGGCAUUGGAGGCUAUUGAGAAGUUGCAAAAGAAUGUUGACACUCUGAUAGUCAUUCCCAACGACCGUCUCCUGGAUAUUGCUGAUGAGCAGACACCCCUCCAGGAUGCUUUCCUCCUUGCUGAUGAUGUUCUACGUCAAGGAGUGCAAGGAAUUUCGGACAUAAUCAUGAUACCUGGACUGGUAAAUGUUGAUUUUGCAGAUGUAAAAGCAGUCAUGAAAGACUCGGGAACUGCAAUGCUUGGAGUGGGGGUUUCCUCCAGCAAAAAUCGUGCAGAAGAAGCCGCUGAACAAGCUACUUUAGCUCCCCUGAUUGGAUCCUCAAUUCAGUCAGCUACAGGGGUAGUGUACAAUAUUACCGGAGGGAAGGACAUAACCCUGCAGGAAGUCAAUAGGGUGUCUCAGGUUGUGACGAGUUUGGCAGAUCCUUCUGCUAAUAUAAUAUUUGGAGCUGUGGUGGAUGACCGCUACAAUGGAGAGAUUCAUGUUACUAUAAUUGCCACAGGCUUCUCGCAGUCCUUUCAGAAGAUACUAUUAACAGACCCCAGGGCAGCAAAGAUGCCGGACCAAGUUGCGGGGGCCCAAGAAAGUAAGGGAAUGCCAUUCCCCCUCAAGUCCUCAACCUCGCCAUCAACCAUUCCAUCCAGACAAUCUCCGAGAAAGCUCUUCUUUUGAUUUCUGUUUUUUGGAACUCCUUUUGCCAUUUCGCUCUGUAAUGAUUAAGAAGUUGAGUGUGUGAGAAUGCCAUUUUCUUUGGAGUUCACUCGUAUUUAUGUAGGUAAUGUUCUUGGAGUGGAGUGUUCUUGUUCAUAUUUUCUGUUAGUCCUCAAUUGAAAUGGUCAAAACUAUCGACUGUAAUGUAAUAGAACCAGUCCUCAAUGGAAGUGAAUCCAUGUCGGUUGAAA